AUGUCCACGAGCUCAUCAUCCCAAUCCAGUGACAUCUCGGAUGGCAUGGAUCCCGACCAGCCGAUUGAGUCGAUAGAGGCCCAUGAAGCCGGAGAAGACGAUGAACCCAAAGAUGAUGUUGAAGCCGUUGGAGACGAUGAAGCCGAAGAGGACUAUCAAGCUGAAGAGUACGAUCCGAUGCCGAACCUGCUGGAUCAUGAAGUUAUGACGCUUUGUUCCUUUUAUGUUUCAUACCUUCAUCGUAUUGGACUAAUUCCUAUCCCAGCGAUCGAAGAAAAGCCGAAAGGCAGACAAGAAGCUCCACCGAGUGAAUUGACAUUUGAUGACUUUACCGAAUCCUUCAAUGCGAUGAACUUUCUGGAGUUGAGUCUUCUCGGGGCCACGGAUACUUACGAUCACAUCACCCUACUCAAUAAAGAGUAUCUAAUACGUGUGUGUCAAUCUGUUGGGGGUCCUUUGUUACAAUGA